UAUUUGAUCCCUCAAUGAGCUUAAAUAGCACGGCCGUAACUCUCUGAAGAUACUUAUCCAUCAUAUGUAAAGAUUUUAUCCCCUAAGCUGAAUAAAUGCUACUACACAGAAUGCUCACCAAUAUUGGUGCCUUUUCUGCCGAGAUUAUCUCAAACCAUGGGACACUGGUUGUUCACCACCUCAUGCUCUUAUUGACUAAAUUAAAGCCUCUGAACUCAUACUUAUCUGGAGGGGAUUACCUCUUCUUCUUGACCCAGAAGAUGCAGUUCGAAUUCACCCAAAUUCUCCCUUGCAGUAGGUAUUCAUGCAACCAUUUCAAGAGAGAAUUGCACAACUGAAACAAUGUAGAGGAGUUAUUUUGGGGUUACCCCUUAAAGAACAACUUUAAGUAUAAGAAUAGGCACAAGAGGUUUACAGUAGGAACAAGCAUAAUUGAAACAACACCCAGGUUUAGAAAAGUGCUGGUGUUGUCCUUUAAGCCCAGAGGUUUGGUAAAAAUAGCAACUGCUGUCUCUAAAUUGAUGAAUAAUGAAGUAAUUUCAAGAUUUGCAGUUGUAAUAACCGUAUGAGAAUUCGAGAGUACCUAAUUCUAUUGGCUUCGAACUUAAUAGACCAAUGUAGAAUCAACCAAGACUCUAUUAACUCCAAAACUCUUACAGAAAAGGCUGAUAUUAAGAGUCACAUUUGCCACUAAGAUUACAUUACACCUCCUUUUUCUGAACAGCUAUUAAAUUCAGUACUUCUCAAAGGGUCAAUCAAAACGACUGGUCUGAACCAGACAAGCUCUUUCUCAACUGCCUGCUCAGUUUUUCCAAGAUGAAUCACUCUCAUCGUAAUCCUCUCUAAUUGAAUAACUCUCACACAGCCCAGCUAUCUCAUCCGUAAUCAUGUAGUCUUCGUAAAGAGUGCAGGUAAUGAGAUUAUCUCAGGAUUUGCACCUACUAAGUUACAGCUUUCACAGUUGGCUACCUCUAAAAUACCCUUACAUUUGAUCUUGAAUGUAAGUAAAAUUCACCCAUCUAAAUCUAUAAUUACAUUCUUAAUGGUUAAUUAUGAACGGCAUCAAGCAAUCAUACACAUUAAGGUGUCAAUGAAGGCCUGCAUUUUUCGGAAUUUCUGGAAAAUAAUCAUACUUUCAUUACGCUCAGAGAUCAAGUCUAGCUCACAGCUUGUAGAACAACCUAGGACAGGGAGAUGAUAAAGUAGAUUUUCCUACGAGUGUGGAAUUAUGAACCCUUGCUGGAUAGCUUGUAGCCAUUCCUUGUCUCUGAGUAUCACCCAUGUGUUUUUAAGCACGGAAACCCGCCCAGGCUAUCUAAAAUUGAUUUAAGAAUUGCAGAAUAUAAGUCUAGAAAAAUAUACAGUGUAAAUGAUACCUCCCUUCCUAAACAAUGAGAACUGAGGAUUAGAAUACAAGCAUAUGUACAGAGACCUUAGUUGUCUAAACUAGCGCUGGCUUGGUACUUUCUCAGAUGAGCCUCAAAACCUCAGAAUUUACUUGUAAAUCCUUCCUCUUAGUGAGCAUAAACAAGACAACAGAUUUUCUAAAUCUUUUCAGUAUAUGACAACUUUAUUCAAGAUGAUUUAUGCUAAAAAUAAGCAAUUGACAUAAAUACUAGCUGUAUUGCUAUUAAAGGAGAUAAUUAAGCCCCAAAACUCAAUAAUUCCUAUCUAAAUGCCAUCAGUGUUUCUCUAAAAUGUAACACUUCCUCUAAAGGCUGAGUGUAAGAGCUCCUCAAUUCUCACAAAUCAACGAGUGAUUUUGCCUGACUUCAUAGAAUCUAUAAUAAAUCACAUAUUUUCCAUGAAACUAAAUCCCCACUUUUUGAUGCACGCACAUAUAAGAAAAGUUU